GUAAAGUCUAUAGAUCCCCGGCCCAGUACUAUUUACAAAUCUGGUAGUGGAACUCAAAGUUUCCGGGUUGAAAAUUGGAGCAGCUGGCAUCGGAUCUCCUGUACUGUAUCGGAAUGAGCUUGACUCUUUUGCAAAGCUACUCUUCCGCCGAGGAAGACGAAGGAGAUGUACAAGAACAAUCGGACUACGACAAAUCCGCGGACGAAGACGAUGGCCAGAACUACGUCGUUUCACACAACCGUUACAGGCCUCUUGUAGACCCCUCCCCUUCUUCGUCUUCCUACCUCCCCUCUGCUCUCGACGCAUUUUCCGAGGUUUCGGGACCUCCGGAGUUCUUAAACAACAGUAUAGAUUCUGAAGCUGCGGGUGAUGCAGGCAACCAACGCUUCCGGCAUGGUCUCCGUAAGAGCGCCAGAGAUAAGAAAGAUUUACCUUCUGGUGCUAUUGUCGAGGCUAAAGCUCAUUUAGUUGGGGUCCAUGAGAGAGUCAGGAGUGAUGUUGAGGGUAGCAUCCCGAAGACGUCCACUGCACAAAGAAUUCUUUCUGCAGCCACUGCACAAGGAGUCAAUCCUAGUGUGACAAACCCAAAUGCAGAAGUUGCAUCAGAGCUUCUGAGGGACAUAAAUUUUGAGGCGGGGAAGAAAAAGGGAUCAACCAUCAAAGACAAGGAGAAGAGUAAGAGGAUAAAGGGUCAGUCAUCCCACGCUUCAUGGAAGAGCGAGACAGAGAUGGUCUUGCGCCAGCAGUUCGAUUAGCGGCGUGCAUUUAGGCUGUUGAGGUGACACUAAAAAGAACAUCGACAUUUAAGCAAGAUCAGCUGAGCUCACUAGUCACUACUAUAUUUGUACAGCACCAUGUUUUAUGGAGAAGGUGAAGUGGAGGGAGAACAUACAUGUGGAAGACAUUGAGCAUAUUAUUGCGUUUAAAUGUGAACUAGUCACUAUUAAUCUGAAUUUGUUUGUCUCCUUUUUUCCUUUCUAUUUAUUUCGUUUAAAUGUCAUAUGUCGAUUGAUGUUAAUUGACACCAAACUCUUUUGGAAUUUAGAUGUGGAUGUUGUUGUUAUUGAUGUUGAAUAGGCAGUUUACUCCAAUUAUGAGAGCUAUAUCUACGAAUGAGAUGAAAUAUGGGCAACGUAAGGCAGUGUUUAUUAUUCCGGAGAACUGAUUCCUUGAUAGGAAAUAUACAUGAAGUA